GUUAGCAUGACUUCAACCAGAAACAUGGCUAGAACAGCGAUCAUUUUAUGGGCAGUCUGCUUGUUCACCAGUUCUGAUGGAAAAGCCAUGAUGAAGAGGUCUGUGAGUGAAAUGCAGAUUAUGCAUGAUUUGGGGGAACACCUUCAUUCUGCUGACAGGCAAAAUUGGCUCCUUGAGAAACUACAGACUGUACAUCAUGAUGGCCAGCCUGCUGAAGAAGCAGCAGUGGAUGCUAAGCCUCGUGAAGUCAGAAGUUGGAGGCUGAUGCCCGAUCACCUGCAGACAAAGAUGCAGAAGAAGCAAAAGGAUUGGAACAAAGCUUAUAGGAGUGUCACAUUUAAAACAAAACCCCAGUGAAGACAGCCAUAAUGUUGUGUUGCCAAGUACAUACAGUAGUGAGAAAAUAGGGCAUUUCAUUAUUUAUAAUUGCUGAGAUGACAUCAAUGGCCAUGUUCGCACAACGCUACUUAUUGAGGAUUAGGUAUGCUUACAUUGCACAUAUUAUAUUCAUAGUCUACAUAUAGUGGGGGCUUGGGCUCACACUGUUGUCCACAAGGUUGAGAGGGUGAAUUGCAAGGCCAAUGGAUACCACGCAGUCUUUAUUAUUGGCUUUCUGAUGCUGAGGUGGAUGGACAGGUAAGAAAGAUAUAUCCCUUUCCUAGAGAGAUCUACCACCUUUUAACUGUAUGAACUGAACCUAGUACAUGGGCAGCUGCUAUGAUGACAUGCCCAAGUAUAUCUUAAGACCAAGGGCCACUUCAUAUAUUACUGUCAGUAAGGGGACAGAUACAACCAGUGUCUUGAUGCUGUUUCUGCAACUCAUUUUGACUUUUGGAUGAUACAAAUUGUUUUCUUACAGCAGACAAAACAGGAGACAGCAACAGAGGAUUG